CUGCAGGAUGUAGAUCUUGUCAGAGGUUCUGUUGGAUCAGCUCUGGCAGCAGCGCAGAAGAAGGAGAGGCUUGUUCAGAAACAGAAAGGAUUGUAGGGACUGAGAUCUGUUCUCAUGUCGGGAGGUGUGCCGCCGUGCAGCGCGGGUUGUCUCUGAAUGUCCCCCGCAGCCAUGGACCAGGGUCGGACCGUCAUCAUGGCCCCCCCGGUGCCGCCGCACAAAGCCCAAGCCGCCCGGCCGGGUCAGAACCAGGAGCGGCUGCUGAAGUGCGUCCUGCUGGGUGACGGGGCGGUGGGGAAGACCAGCCUGGUGGUCAGCUACACCACCAACGGCUACCCCACCAGAUAUGUCCCCACCGCCUUCGAUGACUUCUCUGCUGUGGUUCAGGUGGACGGGAGCCCGGUGAGGCUGCAGCUGUGCGACACUGCAGGACAGGAUGAGUUUGACAAACUCCGCCACUUCUGCUACAGCCGAACUGAUGCCCUGCUGCUCUGCUUCAGCGUGGUCAGCCCCGCCUCCUUUCAGAACGUCUGGGAGAAGUGGGUCCCCGAGAUCCGCCGCCGCUGCCCUCUCACCCCCAUCCUCCUGGUGGGGACGCAGUGCGACCUGCGGGAGGACGUCAAAGUGCUGAUCGAUCUGGCGAGGCGGAGGGAGAAGCCCGUUCCUGAGGAGGACGCCAGAGCGCUGGCGGAGAAAGUGGGGGCCGUCAUGUACGUGGAGUGCUCUGCGCUGACGCAGAAGAAUCUGAAGGAGGUGUUCGACGCCGCCAUCUCCGUGGGGCUGAGACACUCCGACAGGAGGGCGCGGCGAGAGAGGAAGGUCCGCAGCACGGCAGACAAAAUGAAGAUGCUGUCCAAGUCCUGGUGGAAAAAGUAUGUGUGCGUCCAGUAGGAAGGGAAGAUCGUUGGGGGGACGCCCUGGAACUGAUUCUAAACUGGAACUGCUGAGGUUGUUUUUUAGAAGACCGAGUUGAGAGUUGAAUGUAAGGACUUCCUUUACGUUCAGAUGGACGACCACCAAAUAAGCUCGUCUGAAAGUCUUCAGAGGAAAAACAGGCAAAAGAUGCCAAGAGUUCCUGCCUGAACUGUGACCACAUGGGUUCAGAAAAUACUUCUGUUGGUGGUACAUAAAAGACAGCACAAGGUUGGAACCAUCCUAAAAAUGACUGACCAGCAUUUAGCCAUAAAUACUGGUGCCGAGAGGGCACGUGGACUGAAUAUCAUACCGGACUCGUCCAGACGGAAUGUGAUCCGACACGGAGCGGGAAAGCAGAAGACGGCUGAUGUUACGUGCCAAGAGUUUACACCUUUCUGUCUUAGUUUUCUUUUGUGGAAAGUCCAUUAUUUCACGUGUUCUACACUGUUAUUCAAACCCCAGAACAUCUUUAUGUAACAUACGUGAAGUUGAUGCAAAUCGCUCAACUUUAAGGAUCCAAAUCAAAGAUGUGUUUACUGUGCACUGUUAGAGAGAGAAUACAGCACCUCGUUACAGAAAUCACUUCAACUGGAAAAUAAAUCGGUGUGAAAACUUAUCAUUCUACAAUCAAGUGUUUGCAUAUAAAUUUAGCUCAAAUCUAAGACGUCUUGAACUGUUCUGGCUUUUUGCUCUGAAUCUUCAGUCGUACGACAGUUUGAAAUGUUUUAAUGCUGUUAGACCUGUGCCAUAAACUGACCAUAAUGUGGGAAUAUGGUUAUUUGGACUCAAAAUGUGUAUUUUGAACUAACUUAUAUACUGGAUAAUACAUUAAUUGUAGAUAAAAACUGAAGUAUUUAAAGAGUUACCAAGUUGUGUACCUUGUUUUUGGCUUAAACUAGAGUGCGACAAUGUUGGUCUGUCUUUCAACCAGUCUUCUGUUUCCAGAGUUUUGUAUGCAGUCAUCUGUCACUCAUAAUUUGCCUAAAUUAUAUUUCAAACCUGCAGGGGUUUUUUUUAUAUUCACAAAGAUGCGUCGAGUUCCCAUUUUCCUCAGAAAUGCUCCGCUCUGAAAGAAAAUGGAGUAUGUUGUCCAGAAGUUUAGAGUUUUAAAAUCUGAUCACUGCCCCAGUUCACUAAACUGACGUGGGUAACCGUGUCUGUCUACAGGGCAGUGAUGAUUGCAGACAACAAAUUAGGGUUUUCCCUCCAUAUACUCAGGUUUUCAUGCAGUACAUCUGGCUGCUGAGCCAAGUCUUUGAUCACAGACCAUUUUGCACGUAUUCUCUAACUGAAAACUUGUAGAUGUAAUAACUUGAAACCAUCUGUGACAGUGUGGCUGUCAAACGUCCCCAGAUUUUAUGUGAAUGUUGGUCAGUGAUGGGAGCAAACAUCUGGAAGUUGCAAUGCAAGUUUGGUUGAUGCGAAAGACAAAGUGGGCAAAGUAUUUCGGCUAAAACUCGUCUACGUAUUGGUCUGCAGCAGGUGCCACUGUAAGUCAUAUUUACACAAUCCAAAGUCGUCACUGAGGUUUAGCCAUAAAAUGGCCUUUCCAUCAGUGGAAAAGGAGCCUGUAUCCUCAUAAAAGUUACCGCUGUGCCCGAGAUGAGAAAGGAUGGAUGCAAGUUGAGGAAAAGAUUUUAGUGACUGUAAAACGAAAGCACCCGAUCCAAGUCAGGUCCUCUGGAUGGUUUCUUUGUGUUGAAACAUUUUGUCUUUCAUCCAAAGGACUUAAAU